AUGGCUCCAGGGUACAGAUUGGGCGUUGAUGUUGGAGGCACCUUCACUGAUGUCUGCGUUAUCACCCCCGAUGGCGAAGCGAUACGCGCCAAAGUCCCCACGAAUACAACUGAUCAGUCCAUUGGCGUGCAGGAAGGCGUAGACCAAGUGCGCCGCAUUCUGCAAGACAAGUACAGCUGGAACGGCAAAUUCGAGUACAUCCACCAUGGCACAACAACGGGCACAAAUGCCGUGCUUGAGGGCAAGGGCGCUAAGGCUGGCCUCAUUGUCACCAAAGGGCACAAGGACAUCUUGACAGUGCGGAGGAGUCAGAUUCCCGGCGGUCUUGGAGCAUGGAUCAACUAUGUCCAACCUGAGCCACUUGUGCCGCUGGAACGGACUGUUGAGGCCAAAGAGCGCAUACGGAUCAAUGGUGAUGUCUUCCACGAGCUUGACGAGGCAGACUUUCGCGAAAGUCUGCAAGACCUGAAGCGUCAACAACCUCAAGCAAUCGCCGUGUCUCUGUUGAACUCGUUCAGCAACAAGCUCCACGAGGAGAAGAUUCGCAGCAUACUCAUCGACGAAUUUGGUCCAGCUGUUGAGAUCGUCACAUCAACUGAUGUGUUACCUGAGAUCCAAGAGUACGAGCGAACAGUUACGACGGCAGCCAACGCCAUCGUCAAGCCUGUGGUGAAGAAGUACAUGAAGAAUCUCCAGAAAAAGCUUGCAAAGGACACAGACACCCUCCGUAUACUUAAGUCAGACGGCGAUCUGACAUCGGUUGACCUCGCAGGCGAGACGCCGGUACACAUCCUCAUGAGCGGCCCAGCUGGCGGUGUCAAGGCCGUCUCACAUCUGGUCGCGAGAGAAACACCUUACAAGAACCUCAUCACAUUCGAUAUGGGAGGUACAAGCACGGAUUGCGCGCUGUUAUCGGGUAGCGAAGCCGUCAUUCGUCGUGAAACUGAAGUUGGGCCUCUAACAGUACGGGCUCCAUCUGUGGACGUGAAGACAGUCGGUGCUGGUGGAGGCUCAAUCGCCAUUUACAAUGAGUUCUCGAAGAACUUUCGCGUAGGUCCUGAGUCUAGUGGCGCCACUCCUGGGCCAGCAGCGUACGGCAAAGGAGGAACACAAGCGACAGUGACGGACGCGAACCUCACACUGGGUUACCUGCCCUCGAAGCUGCUUGGUGGCAAGGUUGAACUCGACGUCGUCGCAUCGGCGGCUGCUGUCGAGUCGAUUGCAAAGCAGAUGGGCAUGGAUGUGACGUCCGCAGCCGAGGGCAUCAUUGACCUGGUCAACGAGUCCAUGUAUGGUGCUCUGCGACUUGUUUCUGUCGAGCAGGGCUACGACCCUCGCGACUUCGCACUUGUAGCGCUUGGUGGAGCAGGGCCUAUGCAUGCAAAUUCACUGGGCAAGCUACUUGGUUCCUGGCCUGUAAUUGUGCCGCCUAGCCCAGGUGUACUGUGCGCUCAAGGAGACGCUAUCACAAAGAUGUCUCAUGAGUCGAGCUGCACAUACAUCAAGGUUUUCUCUGAGAUCGAACCUCAAGACCUCACAAGAGCAUUAGGCGAUCUGAGGAGCAGCUGUGUACAAACGAUGAAAGAGUCGCUUGCAGAUGAACAUGCUGCUCUGAGGGUUGUAUACCAAUCUGACAUGCGAUACAAGGGUCAAGCUAUGACGCUUACAGUGGACUUCAGCGAAGACGAUGUAAACGAUACCCCUCACCUUCUGGCACACCUACGCACCAGGUUCAACGAGGCGCACGAGCAGCAAUUCUCCUUCUCGCAUGCUAGCGUUGAGCUUGAAGUCAUGCGACUCCGCGUCAGGGUUAUCGACGCAUCUGAGGAAGUUGCUAUUAAGCCAAUUGAGAAAGCUAACACGUCGACAACGCCCAAGGAUGCUACGAUGACCAAGCAGACCAUCGUUUACGAGGGCAAGAAGGUCGAGGCUACAUUUUGGGAUCGAUCGAAGAUCACAAAAGCUGGCUUCAGGAUCGAAGGACCUGCUGUCGUUACGGAGAUGGACUCAAAUACUUUGAUCUUGCCCGGACACAUUGGCGAGAUUGACUCUAUUGGCAACAUCCUGAUUUGGCCCAAGACCAAGAGAACACCAGAGAAGAAGACGCAUACGAAAGAGUCGGCGGCAACACUUGUACAGGAGCAAUCCUUUUUGCCCGCUCUCGUGGGUUCAGCACUGGCUUCCAUUCGACGCGAAAUGGACACUCUCAUGCUGCGGUGUGCGAUGAGUCCGGCUAUUCGUGAGCAGCAAGAUGAGUUCAAUGUGAUCACCAAUACCCGUGGACAGAUGCUCGCUGGUCAGUUCGGUAGUUUCAUCCAGCAGUUCUUGAAUGGCUGGACAGGCACGGUCGAGGAAGGAGAUAUUUUCGUCACGAACGACGUGUAUCAGAUCGAUGGAGCUGUAUCACAUCUGAACGAUGUUAUCAUCUUGCUACCCAUUCACUACGAACACCGCCUCGUAGGCUGGGCUGCUAACUUCGGCCACCUGACUGAUGUGCAGGGCAAAGUGCCUGGGUCGAUGAGCAUCAAUGCGAGCACGAUCUACGAAGACGGCUUACAGAUACCUAUCGUCAAACUCUACGAAAAGGGCGUAUACAACGAAGCCCUAGCAACAGUACUCUUCCGCAACUCGCGCAUGCCAAACUGGUUUCAGAGCGAUCUGAUAGCACUUGUCACCGCCUGCAGAACAGCAGCCACGCGCGUCAACGAGCUUUGCGAGCGAUACGGUGUCGAAGUCUACGAAGCCGCGACCGACUACCUCCUCGAGCAGAAUAAAGCCGCCAUCAAAACUAUCAUCGACACCAAAAUCGGCCUCGAGAAAUCCAGUUUCACAGACUUCAUCGACGACGACGGGCAAGGCGUCGGUCCCUACGGAAUUUCCUGCUCGAUGCAAAAAUCCGGCGACAAACUCGUCUUCGACUGGGCCGGCACAUCCCCGCAAUCACCCACGUCAAUGAACUUCUACCUCAGCAAAACCAUGUUCAAGAUCUUCAUCGGCUACUACCUCCUCGCCAUCUACGACCCUCACGUCGUCGUCAACGACGGCUUCCACGACCUCCUCGACAUCCGCAUCCCCGACGGCACGAUCCUGCGGCCCGUCCGCCCCGCUGCAGUGUCGUGCCGCACGCAUCUGCUGGGCAGGGUGAUGGAUGUUAUGCAAGCGUUGUUCGGCCAGCGAAACCCAGCGUAUCGCUGCGCAGCUGGCUUCUCCGAUAGCCCGCACUUGUUCUACUCCGGCUUCAAGCCCUCGGGCGACUUUUAUCUUCUCUACCAGAUCGGGUUCGGCGGUGUGCCGGCGCGUCCCAUCGGUGACGGUCCGGAUUGUCAUUGUCUUUUCCCUGCAAUUAAGAGCAUUCCGGCGGAGAAUAUCGAGCUGUACUUCCCCGUUAUUAUCGAGGCGAAUGAAGCGCUGGCGGAUUCUGGGGGCGCGGGGUACUUUAGGGGUGGGAAUGCGCAGAGGACGCUCUAUCGCUGGUUGUGUGAGGGCGAUGUGAGCAUUCAUGAUGAUCGGUGGAUGGUGAAACCGUGGGGGGUCAACGGCGGUAAGCCUGGAAGUCGAAGUCGGAAAAUCAUAUAUCGGAAGAAUUCUUACGGCACGGACAAGGAGAGAGAGAAUAUGGAGUUGGUACAGAGUAAGAUGGAUUAUCUGCAUGUUUAUCCUGGCGACGUGCUCGAAUGGAUCACCUGGGGCGGCGGCGGUCUCGGCGACCCUCUUACACGACCUCCCGAUAUCGUGGCGAAGGAAGUACACCGCCGCCUCGUCUCUUUCGAUGGCGCAAAGAAUAACUACGGUGUCAUCGUGAACGCUGAUUUCUCUGUCAACGAGGUUGCGACUGCGGACUUGAGGAAGAGCAGGUCUAAGCAACGCAAGACCGAGGAAGAUAAAAAGAGGAGAUUGGUGAACGGUGGUGAAGGUGGACAGGGUGGCGACGAUGUCGGCUACGAUAGAGGAGGCACGAUGAGCGAGUUAGUGCAGAGGUGUAAGGACGAGACGGGACUUGAGCCGCCGCGGCCGCAGUGGGAGAGGGAUCCGUAUGGACCGCAUACGGGGCUGCCGUAUGUUAAGGAGUGGUACAAGAAGAUGAGGGAGGAGGGGUUUGCAGUUUGGGAUCGUGUGUGAGGGCAAUGUGCAUCUUCGGUUUGUUAAGCGUAGGUGGGU